UGACAACGCGGUUUGCUUGUGCACGCUGAAAAAAAAAAAUACCAGCAGUUAUUUGCCGGGUGUGGAAAGUUUUGGUGUGCACCCAGAAAUAAAUGCAAACAAUUGUUUGCCGAAUGCGGAAAACCUGAAUAUACGUUAAGUCCUCGGCCAUGACUGAAAUACCAAUUUAGUUUUCUUAAUGUUGACGCAAUUUAUUCAGCCCCUAACAUCGCAUGAGCUGUGAAAGCUAUCAGGCAUUAAAGCCUAUUAAGUCUCGAAAUGCCUAAAGGCGUAUAAUGCAAGGUAUAGACCGUAUGGACUCAGGGUCAUAUCCAUAUUGACAGUGUUUGUAAACAAGGCACUUCUGAGCAGUCAGACUGUCAGCCUUGAUGCCCCUUUGUUUGUGACUUGGUACCAGUGUGUCGUGUCAGCAACAAUAUGUUUUAUACUAAGUAUGCUGACAAAGUUAUUUCCUCAUACUUUCACAUUUCCAGAGGGUUCACCUUUCAGAUGCAGUGUUGCAGUGAAGGUGCUUCCUCUGUCAGUCCUGUUCACAGGAACCAUAGCAUUCAACAACUUAUCCCUCAAGUAUGUAGAUGUUGCCUUCUACUAUAUAGGACGCUCCUUAACAACAGUUUUUAAUGUUAUGUUAACAUAUUUGAUAUUAGGCCAGAAGACUUCGAUCCGGACAGUAACAUGCUGUGCUGUUAUUGUUGGAGGAUUUUGGCUUGGUGUUGACCAAGAAAAUGUGGCAGGUUCUUUGUCCAUAGCAGGCACAGUUUUUGGAGUCCUGGGUUCACUGGCUCUCUCCAUGUAUUCCAUCUAUACGAAACGCAUACUUCCACAUGUUAACCAACAAAUCUGGUUAUUGUCCUACUACAAUAAUGUAUAUAGCUGCUUCCUGUUUCUACCUCUGAUUGUCCUUAAUAAGGAAUUACCUGUGAUACUUCACUUUGAAAAUCUGGCAGAUGCCAAGUUCUGGCUGCUUAUGACUGGAGGGGGUUUAUGUGGCUUUACCAUUGGCUUUGUCACUGCUCUACAGAUUCAGGUCACAUCUCCAUUGACACACAACAUUUCUGGCACAGCUAAGGCAUGUGUGCAGACAGUGUUGGCGACUUACUGGUUCAAUGAUACAAAGUCAGUACUUUGGUGGUUUUCGAACUGGGUGGUGCUAGGUGGCAGUGCAGCUUAUGCCCGAGCAAGGCAACAGGAAAUGGAACACCAGCAGAGGACUGAAAAGUUACAGAGAAGCCAAGAUGUGUGAACAUUAUACUAUUCUUAGCAGUGACUCAUGUUACACAGUAGUAAAAUUUUAUCGGUAUAAAAACUGUUGUGCAAGGAGCAAAGAUUGCUUCUUAGUCUGCAGUGUCAAUAACACAAAAACAAUAAUUUAAAAUCAAAAUAUUAAACCAGAGAAGUUAAAAAUAGGAUGGACCUUUACUGGUGGUUUUGGCAGACAUAUUUUGUGGCAUCAGACUGAAGACUGGAAUACUUAUUUACAAGAAUCGAAAAUCAUGAGUUUACUUACUGAUGAUACUGUAUCAUGUAACUUGUUCUGUUGGAAUUGCUAAAUAAAUAAUAUGUGUGUACAUAUUCAUAAUUUUAUAUGUAUGACUUGUUUCAAAUGAUAAAGCAUACAGGUUCACCUAACAAGAGAUAUUUUAUUAUAUCUGAAUGUGCAUAUAUCUAUCAACUCUGAAGUCAGUGUUUACCACAUGAUAGUACUUCAUCCAUUAUCUUAAUUCACAUGUUUCCAGUGUAAAGCAUAUGAUGUAAAAUCUCAACAUAUCAUGAUAAACAUUGUUGACUUAAGUAUAACAUGGUAUUAUUUAAAAUGCUCAAAGUUCAUUUGUAUGACAAGGGUGUAAAGAUUGUAAGUGUUGUGUAGUUUAACAUUCAUUUUGCACUGCUACAUAUAAAUAUCAGCAAAUAAAAUUCAUGACCAGUG